AUGUCCUACAACCCCUACAAUCAGGGGCCCGGCGCUGAGGCCGGCUACGGCUACGGCCACGGUCAAGUGAGUGAACAGCAUGAGAUGCAACCAUACGGACAGCAGUCGUACGGCUCGCCCUACCAGUCUCAAUCUCAUGGCGCCCCUCAGCAGUCUUACGGCUCGCCUUAUCAGCAGCAGUACGGAUCAUCGCAUCCUCAAGAACAGCAGUAUGGGUCUGGGCACCCGCAACAAGAGCAGCAGCAGAGUCGCACCGUGCUCUCGCAGACCGACUUCCUGCAGCGCGUGUCGGCCGUGCGCCAGGAUAUCCAGGGCCUGACGACGAAUAUCAAGAACAUUGCGACGCUGCACCAGCUGGCGCUGGCGAGCAACGACAACAACGCGCAGAGGCAGCUGGACGAGCUGGUGGCGGCGACGCAGCUCCGCAACACGUCGAUCCGCAGCCAAAUCCAGCAGCUCAAGGCCGACACGGAGCGCACUCAGGACGGCAGCUUCAACCUCAAGAAGCGGCAGUUCGAGAGCCUCAACAACGACUUCAAGGACACCAUCCAGCGCUUUCUCGAGGAGGAGCAGCAAUACAAGCAGCGGUACCGCGAGCAGAUUGCCCGGCAGUACCGCAUCGUGAACCCGGAAGCCACCGAGGAGCAAGUGCAGCAGGCCGCCGACGCGGAUUGGGGUGAUGAAGGCAUUUUCCAAACUGCGCUGCGCACCAACCGAACAGGCCAAGCGUCCGCCGUCCUAGGCGCCGUCCGGGCCCGGCACAACGACAUGCUCAAGAUCGAGCGGUCCAUCACGGAGCUGCUGGACCUGCUCCAGAUCCUCAACGAGCAGAUCGUGCAGCAGGGUGCCGUCGUCCAGGACGUCGCCGACAAGGCCGAGGAGACGACGGGCCACCUGGGGCAGGCCAACGUGCAGAUUGAGAAGGGCGUCGAGCACGCCCGCCGCGCACGCAAGCUCAAGUGGUGGUGCCUGGGCGUCUGCGUGCUCAUCUGCAUCGUCAUUGCGCUCGGUGUCGGGCUGGGCGUCGCGCUGACGAACAAGAACUCCGGGGGAGGUAAUAACAAUAAUGCUUAGAAGGUGGAAGUGAGGUAGGGGUCUGAUCAUUAUUAUGUCUGGGUGUUUGGUGCGGUGGUUGUUGGGAGCUCAGUAGGACGGGCGCGUUAUCUGGUUCUGAUGUGGGCGGCACUUCGGCUGUGGUCGUGGAGGUCACGGUAGUUGCAGCGGAGAUGGGCGUGACCAUCAACUCAGCUCAACGGCCGGUUGCCGGUUUGGAAGGCAGGUCUGAUGGGGUAUAGUCGAUGGUUGAUCGGGUCCUGUUGGUUUCCUUGCGUCGUAUUCCCUUCAUGAUUCGUAUGAUUAGGAUGAGCGAAAGUGCUGGCAGUUCCAACACAGGUGGGGCAUGCGUCAGUUACCUGCCUGCUCUGUUUAUCAUAAUUGGGUAUAUUCAUCUUAGAGGCUGGGGUUCGACGAUAGUUAGAGUGGCAGGCAUGGUUCACGUCC